AUGUCUGAUCACGACCCCGACGACCGGCAUUCGCCCGGCCUGGAGGCCCUCAAAAUCAACUAUGCCCCGCGCGAGGAAACCCCUCCGCCUUUUGUAGAUGCCUCCGCCGCCAAGCGCGAUGCUGCUGCUAAAUCACCCCGAGGGGAGGGAACAUUAAACUGUUCCCGUAAGCACCAGCAUUACUCCUCCUUGCCUGGAUCCGCGGAGGGCAACUCGGUGCUGAUCAGGAGUCUAGAACCCAACCGACCUGACAUUGCCUAUCACGAACAGCUGCAUCCGCUCAAGAUUGACCAUCUCCGGGACGAUUCGUCCGAUUGGAGUCCGGCCAAAAGGGAGCCCAUCGCUGUCCCAAUCUCGGGCCCUGUCCCAACCACUGUCGGCGUGCCGCCGCCGGGCCCUCCACCGGGCCCUCCACCGGCACAUCCGCCAGAGUCUCCCGCAUCUCCCAAGGACAAGGAUCUCAAAUGCAAAGCGAGCACGGCCCUCCAACUUCUCCUCCAGAAGAAUGAACCACCGUCGCCGCCCCCAAUAUACAAAACCCCCCAGGAGGAGCCCAAGGCACCGCCGUCACUAAAAGAGGAGCCUACCCGUCCUGUGGUCGUCUUGCCCACCCCGGAGACAACGGCCGCGCACGAAGACAAGCUGAGCAAGUACAUGAUCCCCAAUCCUCAAGGCCCCUCCAAGGAUCUGCUCCCGGCCCUCCACUCCCCGGACAACUCGCACACCCUCCCGCCGCUCCAGGCGGCCCUCAGCGGCAUCACCACCACCAUGUCGGGAGAGCCUCAUCCCCGCAUUCCGGGAUCCUCUCCGUACUCGCUGCCCUCGGUCACCGCCACCUCCCCACCCGGACUGAGGACGGACCCGGUUUGGGAUCUCCAACGGCCGGCGCAGUUCGGCCCCUCGCCACAGGUGCCCCCGAGUCCCUACUCGCACUACUCGCCGGCCAGCGCCACCGACCUCUCCGCCGUGUCAUCGCCGGUAUCCCACCAUUCCUACCGUCGACCCCUGAAAGCCGACAUCCCCUACCUCAGCAGUCCGUACGAGGCCACGCACUCGGCCAAGAGCCCCGCAACCAGCUAUCCCACCCCGAUCGACCACCAGACGCCCUCGGGACCCUGCGACCGGACCCCGUACAGUCAAUCCUCCCAGCCGACAGUCGCCCCCGCCGGCACAUAUAAAUGCAGCCACCCGGGGUGCAACGCCGCCCCGUUCCAAACGCAGUACCUUCUCAACUCCCACGCCAAAGUCCACUCCCAGGACCGCCCGCACUUCUGUCCCGUGGAGGGCUGCCCCCGCGGCUUCGGCGGCAAAGGUUUCAAACGCAAGAACGAAAUGAUCCGUCACGGGCUCGUCCACAACUCCCCGGGAUACGUAUGUCCGUUCUGUCCGGACCAACAGCACAAAUACCCGCGCCCGGACAAUCUCCAGCGACACGUCCGCGUCCACCACGUCGACAAAAGCAAAGACGACCCGCUCCUCCGCCAGGUCCUGGCCCAGCGACCCGAAGGCAGCACGCGUGGCCGCCGUCGCCGCGCCAACGUGCCCUAG